AUGGGAAAACCUUGUCAAGUGAGUUUGCUGAAGCGGGGCGGGGGCAGCCGGGCCGUCUGUGGGUCGAGACUCUCGUUCCCCUUGGGCCUCUGGUUCACAUUGGGUUCUGGAGGCCGAGGGGCCGAAGCCCAUGCCUCCGGAGACCUGCCUCAUCCUCUCAAGAUGUCUGUGGUGGACUCCCAGCCCUCGCCCUUCGGACGUCUGACUCGCGAGAGACACAUCGAAACUGUUUCCAGGUCGCCGAAGAAGAAGCAGGACUUCUCAGAGGCUGUGGAAAGAUCUCAGGAUGGAGCAACGUUGAGCUCUCAUUCAACAGGCAUCCCAAGGUCCCAGUCUAGGAGGGUCACACAGGGUGGAUUUGCUAGAGUGUGUGGUUCUGGGGAGCACAGCUGCCACACGGACGCCUGGAUGCAUUCUGAAGCGGUGCCGUGUGGAAUCAGGCACCAGGGACCCCUGACUUCACCUCCUGGGUGGUCAAGGUGCAAGGGAGGACUGAGACACACACAGCAGCCAGGCGAGGAGAAGCAGGGUCGUUCCUAUCUUGGGCUGCAGAUGUUGGCUGGUGUCCGCCAGCUGUGCAUCACCUCCACGGGCGAGCUAUGUGGUACACCCGGCAACUUGGCAAGAAGAGGCUAUCUCGUCAGCACCGCAGACCACGAAAGAGGCCUGCUGGUCGUGACCGAAGGAUGCAGAGAUGCUCGUAAUACUGAAAAAUCCCUGGGCAGCAAAAAGGCCCUUGAUAGAAGGAUCCUCCGCAUCAAACAGAAGCGAGGCAGGAGGCGCCCGAGGCCGCUGAGGAACACCACGGAAAAGCCACCCGCUCAGCCAGCCAAGACGUUUGGGCGCUAG